CGCAGAGCGACCGACUGGCUGCGGGCGGGACUGACAGGCAGCGGGACACCCUGCCGGCCCGGGGCGGAGUUGGCGGCGGGCGGGGACGCAGCGCGGAGCGGCGCGGGGAGCCGACGCCGGGCACCUCGACCGGGAUGUGGAGCUGCCCACCCCAGCCAGACGAGGCCCCCCCUCCACCCCUCGCGUCUGUCCCUGUCCCCUGGAAGAACGUGGGUUCCUGCAAAGGCCACAGGGAGUCCCCAGGAUCCCUGGUGGAGGCCUCCGCAGGGGAGGAGGCCCAAGGGGAGGAGGAGCCCGCGGCUGCCCCGCUGGACGUGUCCCGCCUGCGCAGCUCCUCCAUGGAGAUCCGGGAAAAGGGCUCAGAGUUCCUGAAGGAGGAGCUGCACAAAGCCCAAAAGGAGCUGAAGCUGAAGGACGAGGAAUGUGAGCGGCUGUGCCGGGUGCGGGAGCAGCUGGAGCAGGAGCUGGAGGAGCUGACGGCCAGCCUGUUCGAGGAAGCCCACAAGAUGGUCCGGGAAGCCAACAUGAAGCAGGCAGCAUCAGAAAAACAGUUGAAGGAGGCCCGGGGCAAGAUCGACAUGCUGCAGGCAGAGGUGACGGCCUUGAAGACAUUGGUCAUCACAUCCACUCCAGCCUCUCCCAACCGAGAGCUCCACCCGCAGCUGCUGAGCCCCACCAAGGCUGGGCCCAGAAAGGGCCACUCGCGCCAUAAGAGCACCAGCAGCACCCUCUGCCCUGUCAUGUGCCCCGCUGCAGGGCACACCCUCACCCCAGACAAGGAGGGCAAAGAGCCUGGGCUUCCCCCUCUCCUCUCCCUGCUCCUCUGCGUGAUCCCCAGCAAGGCCAUCCACCUCACCUACGAGCCGGCCUGGCAGCUCCCGCCCGGGGAGCCGCCCGCAGCCCCCACCUCUGCCACCUCUCUCUCCUUUUCCCAGCAGGUGGACACAACCCUGUUUGCAGAGUUCCAGGCCUGGAGGGCGUCGCCCACGCUGGACAAGGCCUGCCCCUUCCUGGAAAGAGUGUACCGCGAGGACGUGGGCCCCUGCCUGGACUUCACCGUGCAGGAGCUCUCGGCGCUGGUCCGGGCCGCCGUGGAGGACAACACGCUCACCAUCGAGCCCGUGGCCUCACAGCCCCUGCCCACAGGGAAGGCGGCUGAGGUGGACUGUGGCAGUGCCAACACRUGUGCCCUGAGUGGGCUGGCCCGUAUCUGCCGCCACCGCAUCCGGCUUGGGGACUCCAAGAGUCACUACUACAUCUCCCCAUCCUCCCGGGCCAGGAUCACUGCCGUUUGCAACUUCUUCACCUACAUACGCUACAUCCAGCAAGGCCUGGUGCGGCAGGAUGCAGAGCCCAUGUUCUGGGAGAUCAUGAGGCUGCGGAGGGAGAUGUCCCUGGCCAAGCUUGGUUUCUUUCCCCUGGAGGCCUAGGGCUCGGCCGGCUCAAGAGGGCUCUUAGCUGGAGCAUGCCUGCCGCAAGACAGUCACCAAGUGCAGUCCUGGAGCCAGCCCUGAGCGGACACUGACACUAUGGACAGACGGCCAGGCCAUAGGGCAGCACGGAGACAGCACCAGACACCCAUCCUGGGACAGACAGAGGGACAGACAAACUUGGACUUCAUGAAAUGACCCUUCUGUCUCCCCCACUGGGUUCUGCAACCACCAGGAGAAUUUCAGGAAGCACCGAAGACCAAGGAGCCAUAUUCAGGGGUUCAGCCCUUGGGAGGGACCCCUGGAAGUCUGUACCCCACCCCGGUCCUGGAGCUACUGCCUCCAGGUGCCUUGUUGCUGCCACCUCUUCAGAAAGGGACUGUCCUGGGGUGGCUGGGUCUYCUAGCUAUCCGCCACCUCAGUUCUCAGGUCCUGGGCCACCAGCACCUCCUUGUGGCCAUCAUUCACCCAGUUCCCAGGUGGCCCCUCAGCAGACUGCCCCAGUGACCCUGGCCAUGUCAAGGGCCUCUGGCGGCAGGGGCUGGCAGGGCCUCCUCCCCUCCAGCCUGUACAUGUUGAGGACUGAAACCGUUCUUAAGAUGAGUCAGGGCCCCUCCUCUCCCCUUCAUAAAGGCCCCCGUCCCCUCCUCCCCCAUCUCCUUGGGCUCCAGGAGGCCGUUCUCCCCAAACUACUGGAGGUCUAGGUGGCUUGUCUCCAAGAGUGAGACACAGAGAGGGCCUCAGGGACCCACGCCUGUUUCCAGCCCCUCGUACAACAGGGACCCCUGCCUGUGGGGCCAAGUGGGGCCGGCAGGACCUGGCCCUCCCUGACCYCCAUCACAGCCUACCCAGACCAAGGUUAGGGAUCCAACCUGGACAUGUCCCUCACCGCGCCCUGAUUUCCUUCUUUGAAUGGAAUGUAACGCGAUCUCUAUUUAAUAAAGGAGGGCUUUGUUGGUA